GUGUGACGGACCCCCCAGCCGCCCGCGGCCCGGGACCCCUACCUAUCCUCCGUCUCGCCCGCCGGGCUGUGGAACUAGCGCGUGCCCCCUCGCCGGCCUCGACGUCUUCCGUCCGUCCCUCACUCGUGGCAGGGCGCAGCUCCUAGUCACUCAGCUGCGCGCCGCCUCACGCGGCCGGGCUGCCGGACUCGGAGGUCCGCGUCUCCCUGGCCCUCCAAGGGCUAAGGCCGUGAUUCUACAGCGGCUGGGCGUCCAGGGCCUCGGUGGGGGUGGCGUGUCUGCCCUUUUUAUCUCUUCGCAAGACCCCCAGUCUUGUAGGGAGGCCAGUCAGUGAAGCGCAGAGGUCUCGGCGCGCCGACAGGGAAUCCAGUCUUUGAGGACCGAGUAGUCCCGGGCCACCUCCCGCCUCUGCUGUCAGAAGCAGCAGCUGCAGCCGUGGAAUCCAAGAUUUCGGGAGCUGUGUCCCUCUCCUCAUGUAAAACAAGUAGACUUGGACUGUGUUUACUAAGGCGCCCUUUAUCCCUUCCAUCCUGUGAGCGGACAGUUGCCUUCAACUUUCGGGAAGAGCUGCCGGUUCGGUGGAAAAGCUGUGGCUGGGAAUCAGGAGGCCUGUGUUCUAGCCGUGGCUCCCCCACGAACUCGCUGGCGACUCCCAAAAGCUCUUAUUGAGGCUGAAUUUAAGAUUAUUUCAGAUUACACUGUUGAAUUAGGGGCUCCAUUAGGGCCUUUUUCGCUCAGUAAGUUUAUCUGAGCCCGUUUCUCCAACUAUAAAACGAGAGCGUUCAGUUUGAUGACUUUUCAGGUCCCCUCAGAAGCUCUUGACUUUGUGGUUUUCUUUUUCUUUUUAAACUUUUAUCUAAGACCGUUAGAGAAGUGACUUCGUGUUUCGAAUAGUUAGGCUGUCGCAUACAAAGACUUUUAAAUGGAUUGUGCGUAUAUUUAGGAAAGCAUUUUGCUUUGGAGACAGUUUAGCAUUGCUGCUUUCAAGGGAAUCUGAGGAUGGGGAAUAAACUCAGGAAGGAUCGCAAGUGAGGAUUAUAUUAGUUUGUUAGGUAUCAGGGUAAGAGACUGCAUGACCGAAGGAAAAGGGCUAAGGGAAAGGUGAAGGAAAUGUUUCCGGAUAGGAUUAAUUCUCAUGAAAAUCAUGUCUAUAUCCCAAGAAGAGCUGGGACUUAACGUGACUAAAUUUAGCUUAUUUUUUUCCUCCCGAAGUACUGUGUUCUGUCUUUUGUGACCUUUGUUUCACACAUUUGGAUUCUCCACCCCAAACAAAUUUGAUUCAGAGUGGCCAUCGCAUUUGAAAAAUGGACAGACAUUUUAACCGCUUAGUCAAUUGUGUUUCAACUGUCCUGUCGGGGCAGUUCACUAAUAGUAAGAAAGGAAUUUUAUGUUGAAAGUUAAGUGUAUUCAUCACAUUCCAAUGAAAUUUGGACUGAAAAUGAGGCUGUGGAUUUGAUUUAAAUCGACCCGAGAUGGAUGCCUCUGUCAUCAAGAAGGAACAUCUAGGGAGACUAAAGCUUCAAGGUUACUGACUUUUUAUGAUGUUUGGUGGCUAUGAGACUAUAGAAGCAUACGAAGAUGAACUUUAUCGAGAUGAGUCAUCUAGUGAACUGAGUGUUGAUAGUGAGGUGGAAUUUCAACUCUAUAGCCAAAUUCAUUAUGCCCAAGAUCUUGAUGAUGUCAUCAGGGAGGAAGAACAUGAAGAAAAGAACUCUGGGAAUUCGGAAUCUUCGAGUAGUAAACCAAAUCAGAAGAAACUAAUCGUCCUUUCAGAUAAUGAGGUCAUCCAACUGUCAGAUGGGUCAGAGGUCAUCACUUUGUCUGAUGAAGACAGUAUUUAUAGAUGUAAAGGAAGGAAUGUUAGAGGUCAAGCACAAGAAAAUGCCUUUGGUCCUUCCGCUUCCCUUCAGUCUAAUGAGCUGGUUGAUAAGAAAUGCAAGAGUGAUAUUGAGAAGCCUAAACAUGAAGAGAGAUCAGAUGUAAUCCGAGAGGUCAUGAUUAUAGAGGUCAGUUCAAGUGAAGAGGAAGAGAGCACCAUUUCAGAAGGCGAUAAUGUGGAAAGCUGGAUGCUACUAGGAUGUGAAGUAGAUGAUAAAGAUGAUGAUAUCCUCCUCAACCUUGUGGGAUGUGAAAACUCUGUUACUGAAGGAGAAGAUGGUAUAAACUGGUUCAUCAGUGACAAAGACAUUGAGGCCCAGAUAGCUAAUAACCGAACACCUGGAAGAUGGACCCAGCGAUACUAUUCAGCCAACAAAAACAUCAUCUGUAGAAAUUGUGACAAACGUGGCCAUUUAUCAAAGAACUGCCCCUUACCACGAAAAGUUCGUCGCUGCUUCCUAUGCUCCAGGAGCGGACACCUCCUGUAUUCCUGUCCAGCCCCGCUUUGUGAAUACUGUCCUGUGCCUAAGAUGUUGGACCACUCAUGUCUUUUCAGACAUUCCUGGGAUAAACAAUGUGACCGAUGUCAUAUGCUCGGCCACUAUACAGAUGCUUGCACAGAAAUCUGGAGGCAGUAUCACCUAACGACCAAACCUGGACCACCCAAAAAGCCGAAGACCCCUUCAAGACCAUCAGCCUUAGCAUAUUGCUAUCACUGCGCGCAAAAAGGCCAUUAUGGACACGAAUGUCCAGAAAGAGAAGUGUAUGACCCAUCUCCAGUAUCGCCAUUCAUCUGCUACUAUGAUGACAAAUACGAAAUUCAGGAGAGAGAGAAGAGACUAAAACAAAAAAUAAAAGUACUCAAGAAAAAUGGGGUUAUCCCAGAGCCAUCGAAGCUACCUUAUCUAAAAGCAGCAAAUGAGAACCCCCACCAUGAUAUAAGGAAGGGCCGUGCCUCGUGGAAAAGCAACAGGUGGCCUCAAGAAAAUAAAGAAACACAAAAAGAGAUGAAGAACAAGAAUAGAAACUGGGAGAAGCACAGGAGGGCUGACAGACAUCGUGAAGUGGAUGAGGAUUUUCCCAGGGGUCCCAAACCCUACUCUUCUACUGGCAGUUUUAAAACCCAGAAGCCUUCUAAGCUCUUUCACCGUUCAUCGCAUUACCAUAUGUCAAGAGAAGACAAGUCUCCCAAGGAGGGCAAGAGGGGCAAGCAGAAGAAAAAGGAGAGGUGUUUGGAAGAUGAUGACAAUGAUAAUUUAUUUCUCAUUAAGCAGAGGAAAAAAAAGUCUUAAGCUGUCAGGCAGCCUCUGAUGUGGCUUUUCAUUGUUCAUUUGGCCUUUGUGUCUAUAACCUUCUGGCAUUGUGUUUAUUAUCUAUGAUUAAAUAAAGUGAGUUUUUGGUUUUGUUUUUUUAAUUUCAGCCAUUCCUAGAGUUACUGAACAUCCAUGGAGAUCUCAAUUCUCUGUGUCCAACAGGAUAUUAGGUAAGAAAGUACAAAGAUAAACCUGGACUUAUCCUAUUGCAAUAUGUCAUCUUUACUCAAAAUCCUAGGGACAGGUAGAAGAAUUCAUCUUUUCAAGAAAGCUUUUUAAAAAUACUUGGGGGAAAAAAAAAAACCGCAUCAAAAGUAAUUCAUCCUCAACAUGAGUAUGAAAUUAAAUCCUUGCAGGAAGAGAAAUUAACACUAAGAAAAAGUCAUCAACAUUUUUCAACUUUUUUUUUUUUUUACAUUGGAAAGGACAAUAACUAUAAAUCUAUAUCCAGAUUUUCUUGCCACUGAAGCUGUUGUCAGAAUCUUCCUUUGGACAAAGCAUCACUAGCUGACUAUAAAAACAAAAGUGUCAUCAUUGAAGCCCUGAAGAGGCAGGGAAUUGAGCUUCAGCAAAAUACAGGUAAAGAAUCUAUCCAACAUAAAUGUCAGAAGACAAAUUUCCUAAACAAGUGAAAGAGACAUCAAAAAUUUUAACAUAAUCACAAUGAAAUCAUUUUUUACCACUUUUACAGCAGUGUUUCAAGCGUACUGUCACUCAGAUCUGUAGAGAUGAAUAUUACUCAAAAAUUGUUUUGUUCUCUUGCAUUUUUUUGAACUACCACAAAGCUAUACAGAUUUUUUUGUACUUGUGAAUCUUUUGUACUUCUCAUAGCCUAAUGUCAGAAUAAGAAAAAUAAAAUAUCUGAGAGUAAA